GUAUAUGACCUAUCUGUGUGUUGACAGUGACGAGGAGCGCGACGACGGCACGGCCCGGCUGGCUGUGUGACCUCCCUUCACAUCGUCACUGGCGCGGGCAAGAGACUCCCUCCUGGGAAACAGUGCGUCACCACCUCAGAUGGUUCUUUCUCCUUCAUGCAUACGGAUUCGCAUGCUCAUUUUUUAUCUUAGCCUUUUAUGCCUUUUUCUCAAUACUUAAUAUUAGAUCACUCAUCACUAGCAGACCGUUUAUGUCCACGAUCAACGUGUUCCUCUGCCUCCUAGGAGCGUCCAGAGCUGGCUCCCUGUUCAUCGACCCGUACAACCUGAAGGAGACUAUGCCAGCAUAUUUUGGCUCUGUCAUGUGGGAUAUUGGGUUUCCCAGCAUCAUAUCUGCCUUCUCAUUGGUGCAGUUGGCAUUUCUACACCUUACUCAGUUGAAACUCGGACCAGAGAAGAUGCGCAACAAAUCCUGUCUGUCUCUCAUAAUCACGGCACACUUUACAUGCGUGGUUGGUUUCGACAUAAUCCUCGCGAUCUACCACAACUUCUAUUUGGUACGAUUGAUCUUGGAGACUUCCUUCUUGGUGUGGGGUGUGUUCCUAUGCUGCACCUUCCUGUAUGCCGGCUACCGCGUCAUGGCACUCCUGCGGAACAUGUCUGGCAUCCUGCUGCAGAGAGACCCGGGCACCACGCAGUACAAAGGAAUAAUGCAGUUGGCGAUGUUGGCGCCUUACAACAAUCUAGCAACAUCAGUGGCCGCUGCUCUGGUACCGACUCUGUUGGCGCCCAACCUUCACCACAGCAGAUCUGGCAACAUGCCGAAUCAAGAUGAAGCAACAUCUCGAAAUGCCAGACCUCCACUCUCACCUCGGUCACUCUCCAAGCCUUCAACAUCGAGCAUGGACGAUGCCGCCAAUCCUUCCACUUUUGCUUCAGAGCCAACCUACUCCCGGUUGGAGAGCGCUCCGUCCACGAGCCGCCAGAACAGUGUUUUGAAGAUGACAAAGAGUCAGUCAUCGGAGUCAGGAGCCGAAGGUGGUACCGAGGUCACCAAACUCAAGAAGAAUCUAAGUUGGCGUGCAGAAGAGGGAGUUGCAGCAGAUGUCCUCAGCAGAACGAAGAUAAGUUUUAAACGACGAAAGCCAAAGGAAGAAGACGAAAACCAGAUCACAGCAGAAACGACUCUACUUCCUCAACAAGAACCGGUGGAGAGUGGUGUACCAGACUUGACCCUACACACGAUAUUGAACCACAUAGCUUACGUGAACAGAGCGGCGGCUCACAGUGACAGUGGCCUCGCCCCCACACCAGCUCAUCCGACCCCGGCCUCACGCAAGAAGCAGGUGACCACAGUAUUGCGAGUCACUUACGCCACAGCCAUCCUUGGCCUCACGUUGUGCCUGGCCAACCUCUUCCAGCUGUUUGGCCCUUACGGUGUGGCAGUAUCGAGCGAUAUCAAACCUUGGCCGUGGUUCUGCUUCCAGACGCUGUGUCGUGCCGUAGAGCUGGCAAUGGGAUGUGCUAUGGCGAACAUCACGAAGCAACCAGUCACUCAUCGCCAUCAGUACUUGCAACACCAUUACAGCCAUUCCAUCCGUAUCAAACAGCGAGAGUCUCUUUUCAUGUAGACCCAUUGUUAGUUGUAGCGAUUCGGUACUGACUUACAAGUGCCUCGUUUGUUGCGCAGUUCUAAAACAUACAAUAUAAUAUAGUUUCUGGUGGAACUGGCGCAUUGGAGUACUUGUUGUCUUGCACUAAUCCAACCAACGGCCGUACUUUGUUGUUAUUCCAUUGUUCAAUCACUGAUAAAAUAAUAUUCAUAGAAUAAUAAACGUUUUAAAUGUGUUUUUGAAAUCAGCCCUUCUUAACAGGCUAUUACACUGUCAAUAAAUUUAUAUUUGAGUAAUAUUAA